GCCGGCUGCCCGAGGCGUGAGUUGGGCGGGGCGCCGCGCUGACGUUGCCCGGGAUGCGGGCAGGUUCCGCAGCCGUCUUCGCCACCUCCGUCUCUCCUGCCACUGGGAAUGUCUGUCAUCAAGAAAAGAGACAUAGAGACUCUCUCUGCCUUAGAACCUGAGUGGAAGAACACUGACGUCUGAAGGUCAUCUUCUGCCAUCCACUUGUAUGCUGUGGCAUGCACACCUCACCCCCAAUAAAUUAUCUGCAAUGCUGGAACGAAGUAACUCAAGAUGAGCAAGCUAAAAGUGGUAGGAGAGAAAAGCCUUGCCAAUAGUUCUCGGGUUGUGGGACUCCUGGCCCAGCUGGAGAAGAUCAAUACGGAUUCCACAGAGUCAGAUACUGUCAGAUAUGUUACAUCCAAAAUUCUUCAUUUGGCUCAAAGUCAAGAAAAAACAAGGAGGGAAAUGACAACCAAAGGUUCUACUGGCAUUGAAGUUCUGUUGUCAACAUUGGAGAAUACGAAAGAUCUUCAAACUAUACUUAAUAUCUUAAGCAUUCUUGUCGAGCUGGUAUCUUCUGGUGGAGGUCGAAGAGCAAGUUUCUUAGUUGCCAAGGGUGGAUCACAAAUAUUGUUACAACUGCUUAUGAAUGCCAGCAAAGAAUCUCCCCCACAUGAGGAACUAAUGGUGCAGACUCAUUCCAUUCUUGCAAAGAUUGGACCAAAAGAUAAAAAAUUUGGAGUGAAAGCUAGAGUUAAUGGGGCACUGAAUGUAACUCUAAAUUUGGUCAAGCAGCACUUUCAGAACUAUCGCCUGGUUCUACCUUGUCUUCAGCUCUUGCGAGUGUAUUCUACCAACUCUGUGAACUCAGUAUCUUUAGGUAAAAAUGGAGUUGUGGAGCUGAUGUUUAAAAUCAUUGGACCAUUCAGUAAGAAGAAUUCGAGUCUUAUGAAACCUUCUGAUCGCUUACACUCUGUGCAUCUCUUCAUGUGGUCACUGCUUCUCCUUUACCACAACACAUGGACCUGCUACUUCAUCACCGGAGUUUUAAUUUCUUACAUAUUUUUUCAUAGGGUUGCUUUAGACACUCUUGCUGCAUUGCUAAAAUCAAAAACAAAUGCCAGGAGAGCGGUAGACAGAGGAUAUGUUCAAGUACUUUUAACAAUUUAUGUAGAUUGGCACCGCCAUGAUAAUCGGCAUAGAAACAUGCUCAUUCGGAAAGGAAUUUUACAGAGCUUAAAAAGUGUCACAAACAUCAAGUUGGGAAGAAAAGCAUUCAUUGAUGCAAAUGGGAUGAAAAUUCUGUAUAACACCUCACAAGAAUGCUUGGCAGUCAGGACUCUUGAUCCUCUUGUCAACACCUCGAGUCUGAUAAUGAGGAAGUGUUUCCCCAAAAACCGCUUGCCACUCCCAACCAUCAAAAGUUCUUUCCACUUCCAGUUGCCAGUGAUCCCUGUGACUGGACCUGUGGCUCAGCUCUACAGCUUACCCCCUGAAGUGGAUGAUGUGGUGGAUGAAAGUGACGACAAUGACGAUGCUGAUUUAGAAGCUGAAAAUGAAGUAGAAAAUGAAGAUGACCUAGAUCAAAAUUUUAAGAAUGAUGAUAUUGAAACAGAUAUUAACAAAUUAAAACCACAACAAGUGCCAGGACGAACAAUAGAAGAACUAAAAAUGUAUGAACACCUCUUUCCUGAGCUUGUUGAUGAUUUUCAGGACUAUGAAUUAAUCUCUAAAGAACCCAAACCUUUUGUGUUUGAGGGGAAAGUUCGAGGCCCUAUUGUUGUCCCUACAGCUGGAGAGGAAGCGUCUGGGAAUUCAGGUAGUGUAAAGAGAGGAGCUGUGAUGAAGGAGAAAGUGUCUCCUAAGGGAGAAGAAGCCAAGGACGAAGCCAAAGGCAGUGACAGGACACUGCCACAGCAGCUGGGUGGUCAGAACAGAACUGCUUCUUCAGUUCACACAUUCAGCAGUGACAUUGUGAAGGCCUUAGACCGAAUCACAUUGCAGAAUAUUCCUUCACAAGUAGCCCCAGGCUUGACUGCAGGAAUAAGGAAGGACUGUGGUCUCCCUCUCACUGUCCUCUCAUGCACGAAAGCGUGUCCACAUGUGGCAACAUGUGGAAGUACUCUGUUUGAAGGGCGGGCAGUACAGCUUGGGAAACUGUGUUGUACUGGAGUCGAAACUGAGGAUGACGACGACAGUGAGUCCAACUCAUCAGCAGAACAGCCCGCCUCUGUUGACGUCCCCGAUGGACCAACACUCCAUGACUCAGACCUCUACAUUGAGAUUGUGAAAAAUACCAAGUCUGUUCCAGAAUAUUCAGAGGUGGCUUAUCCUGAUUAUUUUGGUCACAUUCCACCUCCAUUCAAAGAGCCUAUUUUAGAAAGGCCUUAUGGUGUACAAAGGACAAAAAUUGCCCAAGAUAUUGAGAGGCUGAUUCACCAGAAUGAUAUCAUUGACCGGGUGGUGUAUGACUUAGACAACCCUAACUAUGCCACUCCAGAAGAAGGAGAUAUUUUGAAGUUUAACUCAAAAUUUGAAUCUGGGAAUCUGCGCAAAGUAAUUCAAAUUAGAAAAAGCGAGUAUGACCUCAUUCUGAACUCGGACAUAAACAGCAACCAUUAUCACCAGUGGUUCUACUUCGAAGUCAGUGGGAUGCGGCCCGGCGUUGCGUACAGGUUCAACAUCAUCAACUGUGAGAAGUCCAACAGCCAGUUUAAUUAUGGUAUGCAGCCACUUAUGUAUUCAGUUCAGGAAGCUCUAAAUGCCAGACCAUGGUGGAUUCGUAUGGGUACUGACAUUUGUUACUACAAAAAUCACUUCUCAAGAAGUUCAGUUGCUGCAGGUGGACAGAAGGGAAAGUCCUACUAUACAAUCACAUUCACUGUGAACUUUCCACAUAAAGAUGAUGUUUGCUAUUUUGCCUAUCACUAUCCAUAUACAUAUUCAACUCUGCAGAUGCAUCUUCAAAAAUUGGAAUCAGCACACAAUCCUCAGCAAAUUUAUUUUAGAAGAGACGUGCUGUGUGAAACCUUGUCUGGAAACAGCUGUCCCCUGGUGACCAUCACAGCGAUGCCAGAGUCCAGUUACUAUGAACAUGUCUGCCAGUUCAGAAAUCGCCCUUACAUUUUUUUGUCUGCUCGGGUCCAUCCUGGAGAAACUAACGCAAGCUGGGUCAUGAAAGGAACACUGGAGUACCUCAUGAGCAAUAGCCCUACUGCCCAGAGCUUACGGGAGUCCUACAUUUUUAAAAUUGUCCCUAUGCUAAAUCCAGAUGGUGUCAUCAAUGGAAAUCACCGCUGCUCUUUAAGUGGAGAGGAUUUGAACAGACAGUGGCAAAGUCCAAACCCAGAUUUACACCCUACGAUUUACCAUGCAAAGGGACUGCUUCAGUACCUGGCCGCAGUGAAGCGCUUGCCCCUGGUGUAUUGUGAUUACCAUGGCCAUUCUCGGAAAAAGAAUGUAUUUAUGUAUGGCUGCAGCAUCAAAGAGACAGUGUGGCAUACCCAUGACAAUGCAGCUUCCUGUGAUGUUGUGGAAGACAUGGGAUACAGGACUCUGCCUAAGAUCCUGAGCCACAUCGCUCCAGCAUUCUGCAUGAGCAGCUGUAGUUUUGUAGUGGAAAAAUCCAAAGAGUCCACGGCUCGGGUUGUAGUGUGGCGGGAAAUAGGAGUUCAAAGGAGCUAUACCAUGGAGAGCACUCUAUGUGGCUGCGAUCAGGGGAGAUACAAGGGCUUACAGAUUGGGACUCGAGAAUUGGAAGAAAUGGGAGCAAAAUUUUGUGUUGGUUUAUUGCGUUUGAAAAGACUGACUUCUCCAAUGGAAUAUAAUCUGCCCUCCAACAUGCUUGACUUUGAAAAUGACUUAAUUGAAUCAAGCUGUAAAGUAACUAGCCCUACCACUUAUGUUUUGGAUGAAGAUGAACCUCGAUUCCUUGAAGAAGUUGAUUACAGUGCAGAAAGCAAUGACGAAUUAGAGGUUGAAUUAGCGGAAAACACAGGCGAUUAUGAGCCUUCUGCCCAAGAAGAAGCCCUUUCCGACUCCGAGGUAUCAAGAGCACACCUGCCUUGAACUGUCUGCCAUCUUUGUUAAUUGCUAAGAAGAAAUGAAAUGUCUUGGUUUUCAUUACAUAGGAAAUUUGAGAGGGACAAGCUUUUAGACAACUGACUCGAAGACAAGAAGGAACUUGGGCCUGUUUGGUUUCAAGACAAUAAAUAUAUUAUUAACUCAUGAUAUAAUUGGCAUUUGUUUUAUUUUAGAGAUUCAAUGUACUUUAUAUAGCAUUGAAUUAUCAAAUGAUAGAUUUACUUUUAAAAAAAGAACCCAAGUGUCAUUGCAUGACUUUUUGUCUCCUGUGGCACCUAUGUCAAGUAGAUACAUUUGAAGUAUGUCCAGACACAAAAUCUAAAGUAGAGUGUGGAAAACUAAUAUACUUGUUCGUGGAUUUCUCUAGACAUGCUUGUGUGGAGGUGGGUAGUUACUGAAGAUAAGACUGCUCUUCAGAAUCAUGUGAACUGUGGAUUGUGGCUCUAAUAAUCCAGAAUUUGCCUUGAAACCAUCCCAUUCUACAUUUAUCAAGUUAAAUAAAAACUGUAUCAAAUAUUGCA